AUGACAGACGACGACAAGACGGCCAAGCGGAGCCAUUCCGAAUUUACUGAACAAGAUGGCUCAGAUAGCUCUUCCGACGACGACAUGGGCCCUCAGCUCCCAAGCGAAGCCCCGAAGAAGAAGCGCCGCGUCCUGCCCUACGAGAAGCUCUACAUCGCCGCCCUGCCCAAGUCACCUCGCUACUCCAAGUCGUUAAUGCACAAGGAGCAGCUCGCCUUCGUCACCGUCACACCCCUAACCGACUUUAUAAUCACCUCCUCCACCGACGGCGUCGUCAAGUUCUGGAAGAAAAUGGCCGAAGGCAUCGAGUUUGUCAAGGAAUUCAAGGCCCAUCAGGGCGAGAUCAAAUCGGUUUCGGUCAGCCAGGACGGCAGGAGCUUUGCGACGGCUGGCGUCGACGACACGCUGAAGAUCUUUGACAUUACGACCUUUGACCUGCUCGCCAUGAUCAACCUCGCCUUCACCCCUCGGUGCGUCUGCUGGGUACACAACAGGGGCGCCUCGGUGCCGCUGCUCGCCGUGUCGGAAGACGCCAGACCUCUGGUUCACAUCUUCGACGGCAGAGGCGAGAAGCAGGAGCCGACACGGACCAUCAAGUCUCUCCACCGAAGCCCUGUCAGGAUCAUGGCGUUCAACAGCCGCUAUGAUUGCGUCGUGUCGGUAGAUGACAAGGGCCUUGUCGAGUAUUGGCGGCCGAGCGGCGACUAUGAGAAGCCCGACAAUGUAUUCGAGUACAAGGCUUCGACGAAUCUCUUCGAAUUCAAAAAGGCCAAGACCGUACCUACGUCUCUGAGCAUCUCGCCGGACGGCCAGCAGUUUGCUGUCUUCUCGCAGCCCGACAGGAAGAUACGCGUCUUCGACUUUGCCUCGGGCAAGCUGCACAGGACAUAUGACGAGUCCCUCCAGGUCAUCGAAGAGAUGCAGCAGGCCGGAAAUGCCCUGUCCAAACUGGACGCCGUCGAGUACGGCCGCAGGUUCGCGCUGGAGCGCGAAAUCGAUUCUCCGGCCUACAGCGACAAGGCCAAUGUCGUCUUUGACGAAUCUGGAAACUUCAUCAUAUACGGGUCCAUCUUCGGCAUCAAGGUCCUCAACACGUUCACGAACAAGGUGGUCAAGGUGUUUGGCAAGGACGAAAACUUCAGGGCAGUCAACCUGGCGAUUUACCAGGGCCAACCGCAGAAAAAGGGAAUCACCACAGUCGAGAUGGGCGCCUCGAGCAAUCCCUUGCUGCAGGAGUCGGAAUCGAGAGAUCCCAUUCUGUUCGCGACGGGCGUGGGCAAGGUCCGGUUCUACAUGUUCACAAACGAAAGCGAGGUCUCAAAGUCGGUCAGGGACGUUCAAAACGAGAAGCCGACAAUGCUCGGCAAGCAGAAGGCGGCGGAAGCCAAGACCGCCGAGACAGGCACCGCUGCCGUGCUGCACACGACGUAUGGCGACAUCAGCAUUCGUCUCUUCCCCGAUGCCGCACCCAAGGCUGUCGAGAAUUUCGUCACACACUCGAAGCGAGGCUACUACAAUGGCACGAUUUUCCACCGCGUCAUCAAAAAGUUUAUGAUCCAGUGCGGCGACCCCAUGGGCGACGGCACAGGGGGCGAGAGUAUCUGGGGCAAGGAGUUUGCGGACGAAUUCAGCAGCUUGAAGCACGACAAGCCGUACACCGUCAGCAUGGCCAAUGCCGGGCCCAACACGAACGGCAGCCAGUUCUUCAUCACGACGGAGAAGACUCCCUGGCUCGACGGCAAGCACACCAUCUUUGGGCGUGCGACGCGAGGUCUCGACGUCAUACAUAAAAUCGAGAACGCCCGCGCGUACAAGGACAAGCCAGAGGAGGACAUCAAGAUAUUGAAUAUUGACAUUGCCUAG